UUUACUGUCUCACCACUAGGGAGUGCUGUAGCACUCCCUGCACCUGUACUUAACACAGCUAUACUUAUAAUACCACUGAGCAUCUACCUCAAUAAACAAACACUCUGACACACAUACACACACACACACACACGCACGCACGCACGCACGCACGCACGCACGCACACACCACUUGGCUUCAGCUCUGUCCCUUCCAUCCACACUGUGUUCUCUCUCUGUGUGACGCUAGUGAGGAAACACUGUGGUUAUUUCAGCCAGUCAUUUAGUGGCAGCAGCCUGUCUCUCUCUUUCAAUCACUCCCUCGCUCACUCUCACACUCACCAGCAUGCAUUCCUUCUCGGCUCCUCACUCCCCCUCUCAUUGUACGCCUGCCCUUUCCUUCCAGAAGAGAGGGAUCAUGCUUCGUCCUUUUCCCUCCUCCUUCUCCUCCUCCUCUUCUUCACUUCCUCACUAUCAUUCUGGGGUCUCUGUAUCAAACGGAGCACUUUCACCACGUUUUCCUUCUGAGCAGAGCAUUGGAAGCUGUCCCUCUCUUCUCAGCAUGGUGGACUUUUAGAAGCGGGAUUUCCUGGGCUAGGACGCUUGCACAUCAGCUCUCUACACUACAAAAGGUCCUGGUGGGAUGCAAGUCUUAGUGGGACUCCUGCUUUCCUCACAGGACAGCUCACUUCUCCUUGAAGUUUAAGGACAAUCUAGGAAUCUCUUCAUUUUUUUUGUCUGUGUGUGAGAGAGCGAGAGUGUGUGUGUUGGUCUGUUAAUAUUUGGUUAUGAGUGUGUAAGAUAGUCUGUGUGUGAGCGAGUCUGUGCGUGGCUGUGUGUGUUGCUCUGUAUGCAGUGCAGUCCGCUCCCGCUCCUGGUUCUUGACUGGAGGGUUUAGCCCGACGCUGGAGGGUGAAGGAGACCCCUCCACUGCAGUGGACCCGCUGUCCCCUACUCCCGGAGAACCUCCCCAGUGGCACAGACUAGAGAAGAGGAGGGAAGAGAAAGAGAAGGGCUGAGAGCCAGGUAUAACAAACAGAGAGAAAGAGGUAGAAUGAGAGGGGACUUUUCGACAAAACAGUCAAGUGCAUGACCACUAAAGGAGACAAAAACCACUUCAGGAGAGACAAAGACACUACAGACACAUACAACCCAGUGAAGACUGGAGCAAGGCUGGCAAGCAGCCCCAGCAGCCCACCACCACCACCGACAGUACAGCCACCACCAUGCAGGUGUCGUUUGCAUGUUCGGACCAGGACGGAGGAAGAGGAGGGCUGAGGCCCCCUGGGAAUGGAGGGCACAGCAAGCAGAAUGCCACCAGUGCCAACACGGCCAGCCAGGCGCGGGCACGUUUCCGUACGGUGGCCCUCAUCGCCCGCAGCCUGGGCUCCUUUACCAACCGCUACCACCACAACCUCAAGGAAUCCACCGCCAAGCUCACUGGCAUGAAGUACCGCAACCUGGGGAAAUCAGGCCUGCGUGUUUCCUGUUUGGGCCUCGGUACUUGGGUAACGUUUGGAGGUCAGAUUUCAGAUGAGGUGGCUGAGCAGCUGAUGACCAUCGCCUACGAGAACGGGGUCAAUCUCUUCGACACAGCCGAAGUUUACGCUGGGGGGAAAGCCGAGAUAAUCCUGGGGAACAUCAUCAAGAAAAAGUGCUGGAGGAGGUCGAGUCUGGUGAUCACCACCAAGCUCUACUGGGGAGGAAAAGCGGAGACAGAGAGAGGACUCAACAGAAAGCACAUAAUUGAAGGUCUGAGGAGCUCUCUACAGAGGAUGCAGCUGGAGUAUGUGGAUGUGGUGUUUGCCAACCGGCCCGACAGUAACACCCCCAUGGAGGAGAUUGUGAGGGCGAUGACCCAUGUGAUCAACCAGGGUAUGUCCAUGUACUGGGGGACAUCACGAUGGUCUGCCAUGGAGAUCAUGGAGGCGUACUCUGUGGCUAGGCAGUUUAACCUGAUCCCUCCAGUGUGUGAGCAGGCCGAGUAUAAUUUCUUCCAGAGGGACAAGGUUGAGACACAGCUGCCUGAGCUCUAUCACAAAAUAGGUGUGGGUGUGGUAUCCUGGUCGCCUCUAGCUUGUGGAAUCAUCACUGGGAAGUAUGAGAAUGGUAUCCCAGAAUGCUCCAGGGCCUCCAUGAAGCCGUAUGCCUGGUUGAAGGAGAAGAUAGUGAGUGAGGAUGGGAGGAAACAACAGGCCAAGCUGAAGGAGCUGACUACCAUCUCUGAGAAGCUGGGUUGCACUCUGCCACAACUAGCCAUCGCCUGGUGCCUGAGGAAUGAAGGAGUGAGCUCAGUGUUGCUGGGAACAUCCAGCCCCAUCCAGCUUGCAGAGAACCUGAGGGCCAUGGAGGUCAUUCCAAAGAUGACAGCAGGCAUUGUCACAGAGAUUGACCACGUCUUGGGAAACCGACCGCACAGUAAGAAGGACUUUCAUCAAGCACAUUAGGAUAUACCAUUUUACAGAACUGUGAUUGAUAGGCCUAAUCUGGACAAGAUCUCAUCAGUGGCACCUUCAGUGUGUGCCCAACCCUGCUCUUGUGUAUGUGUGUGUGUUCUGCCCAGCUCCUCCGCCUGCCUCGUCCGUAUGAAGAUCAACCUGUACUCAAUGUCAUUAACUGAGAGCUCUACUUGACAAAGCAUGCAUGCCACAGCUCUGCUACAGUGCAGACAGUUUAAACUUGCCUAAACAAUCAUCGUUAUCAAGAUGUGCUCAUAAAAGAAAAUCACACCAUUUCUUGAAUGUGGUCCAUCUGUUUGUAAAAGUAGUCUUUCUCUUGAUUUGAGAGCAACUUCCUCUGUCUCUGUAACGUCAGAGGAUAGUGUAUAGUGCAUCUCAAACAAUGAUUCAUCCUCAGAGCCACCAAUGAGCUUUAAAAGCAUGUCUGUAAUACAUUUUUAGACAUGCAUGGAUCAGGGGAGGUUAAACAUAAUUCCAAGCCACUAAAUAUCCCUUUGAGUAUGGUCAAGUAUGGUAAUUCAUCACUGAAUGGUGUAUCAUAUCACCCAGACACUGCAAAGAUCUGGCCACCCUUCCUAAAUGUGCUGUGGCUGAGAAUGGAAACUUCUCAGGGAUAUCACUAUGAGGCUAAAUACGUACAUGGAUCAACAACAUCCCAUUUACUCCAUAUUACUGGCAUGUAUGACAAAGUAAAAAGAAGGAAGCCUGUGCUAAAAAAUCCAUUCUAAAUCAUUCAUCCAGUUUGCAACAAGGCCAUUAAGUAAUACUGCAAUACAUCAUGGCAAAGAAAUUAACUUUUUGGCCUAAAUAAGGAAACAGGAAACGUUUGGGGCAAAUCCAACGCGACACAUCACAGAGUGAAAACCUCUGUAUUUCCAAGUAUUGUAGUGGCAGUAUCAUGUUAUGGGUAUGCAUGUCACCGGCAAUAUCUGGGGAGUUUGUCCAGAUCAAAAUAAAUAUAAAAGGAGCAAAGCAAAUCUAACAUUUUACAGGAAAACAUGCCUCAUUCCUCUGAAGACCUAACAUUAGGGUAUAAUUGUAUUUUUCAGAGGGAAAUUUAUAUGACUUUAAAGGCCAAAAACACUCCAGAAUGGCUUUCAAAUAGAUGUGUUCCUUAGUGGUCCAGUCUCAGUCCUGACUUGGCCUAAAUCUGCUUUAAAAUCAGAGACAAGAUUUUAAUCUUCCUAUACAUCAAUAAUUCCCAACCAAAUUGACUGAGCUUGAGCAAUUUUGACAAACACAAUGUAUAUAUGUUGCCCUAACACUUGUACAAAGUUGGUGGAAUCUUAUUCAAAAUGAAUCAUAGCAGUAACUGCUGCCAAUAGUGCAUCCACCAAGAGCUAUGCAAUCAAGAUAUAUUUACUUCUUAUUUUUGAAUCCGUUUAGACAUUUUCUAUGCAUCUCCUUUCACUUUGAAAAUGUGUGUAGAUUGUCUAGAUCAGCAGGAAAACAAAAAUCCUAUUUAAUCCCAUUUCAGAUUUAAAUUCAAGGCAGCAAAAUCUGAAGACUGUACAAGCGGUGCGUAGGUUUUCACUGGGCUAGGCUAGGUUUUCACUAGGCUCACAUGACUUAAGUGACAACGCAUGCCAACACCGGUUCGAGGACAUUAUCACUAUCACUAUUAUCACAUAUUCCAGUAAUGAUUGACAUAUUUUCAUUAAAAAACAUAUUUAGAACAAUGUAUUAAUACUAUUUCAUCCUUCCACAAGAUAUAGUCCCGACACAAAUCUAGGGUUGCUACCCAAGCCGGCUGGUCGUUCGUUCUAUCGGUUCGGUUGCCAUUCUGGCUGGCAUCGUUCUUAU